AUUUGGAACCAACCUUUUAUUUCAUGGUUGCCCAAGAUCCUAAAGAUUAUACUGGUUGGGAAACAAGAUACGUAUUGUUAAUAUGGUUAUCAUUAAUUUGUAUGGUCCCAUUCGAUCUAAAGACUGUUGACAGUCUAGCUGCUGCUGAAGAAGAUAAGUUUCCUCUUGUGGAUCAUAUGGUUGAGUUGUCAAAGUUUUAUUUAAAGGUUACUGGUAAAGAAAGAGAUGAUAUUGCCGAAUUAUAUCUUGCAAAUUAUAUUAAAUGGGCACAAGAUGAAGUUAGAAAUGAAAAAGAUGUGUUUACGAUCACUGGUAUUCUCACGUCCCUUUGUGCCAUUUAUAAACUUGGUCAAAGGCAAACAUUAUUACCAACAUUAGAAUCUGUAUUGCCUUGCCUUAACUUACUUGAAGGAAAUCAAUUAUUUGUGAAUAAUACACUUAUUAGAAAAUUAUUAGUUAAAUUGGCUCAAAGGAUUGGUUUAUGUUAUCUAAAACCAAAAGUGGCUUCUUGGAGAUAUCAAAGGGGUAGCAGAUCACUUAAGGAUAAUUUGGAUGCACUAUCAAAAACAACAACUAUUGAUCCUUCAAAUGUGCACCAAUCUUUGGAAGAUGAAAAAGAUGAAGAUGAAGAAGUACCUGAACAGCUCGAAGAGAUCAUAGAAAUUUUAUUAAACGGUCUGCGUAGUAAGGAUACAGUCGUGCGUUGGUCUGCUGCUAAAGGCAUAGGGCGAAUCGCACAACGGUUACCACGGGAACUUGCUGAUGACGUGAUUGGCUCUUUAUUUGAAUUGUUCUCCGAAAAUACAUAUAAAAAUAAUGAUGGUGUAUUAGAGUUGUCUGCAGUAUCCGACCAUACCUGGCAUGGUGUAUGCUUAGCUAUAGCUGAAUUAGCAAGAAGGGGAUUAUUAUUACCAGAGAGACUAUCUGAGGUCAUUCCCUGGGUUACCAAGGCAUUAAAAUUUGACCAGAAACGUGGUUCUCAUUCGAUUGGUGCUCAUGUACGGGAUGCUGCCUGUUAUGUUUGCUGGUCUUUUGCUCGUGCCUAUGCUCCCGAAAUUAUUGAACCAUAUGUAGUAGAGUUGUCGAAUAAUCUCGUUGUGGUAUCUGUAUUUGAUCGUGAAGUGAACGUUAGACGUGCUAGUAGCGCUGCUUUUCAAGAGAAUGUCGGUCAUUUCGGGUCAGAAGUUACAGCUCAAGCGGCAGUGAGUCAUAUCGCUAGCUUAGCUAAAGCUGGAUGGCCUGUAACUGAUGAAGUUUUGAAAAAAUGGAAAAGUGUAGUUUACGAUCUUCUUAGCAGAAAAGAUGAAAUUGGACAAGAAAUUGCUGUACAUGCUGUUGAAGCUCUUGUGGCUCAACAUGGAAUUGAUGGAUCAGAAAUAGAUAUAUAUCCUUCCACUAAAAAGAUUAUUUAUUGUUUUACUCUUGCUCUGGGUGUUAUAGAAUAUUAUAAGAUUCCAGAAUGUUUGGAUCGUGCGAUUGAUUCCCUAAUUUUAUCUUCAAAGAUACAGUCUAAAAUUAUGACAGUGGUUCCUAAACCAACUUUUGAUAAAAUUAUCAAUGCUUAUUUCAUGGGCCUCGAGGAUUAUAGUACAGAUCAACGAGGAGAUGUUGGAUCUUGGGUUCGUGAAGCCUGUAUGAAUGGAUUUUCUGAAAUUUGUCCACUUAUUGCACGAUUGGACUUAAAUAAUCCCAGUUGUGAACCAUGGUUGUCAGAUGAAUUAAGUACAAAGAUCUUUGCUAAAUUAUUAAAACAAAGUGUUGAAAGAAUUGAUAAAAUCAGAUCUUGCGCUGGCCGAGUAUUAUUGGAAUUUCUAUACAUGAAGAUCCUUACAGGAAAUGAAGAAGUUCGUUAUUCAAGUAGUACGUUACUUGAUUAUGCAAAUGAACUCCCCGUUACAUCACCCGAAGAUUCAUCAUUAUCGUUACCGGAACUUGCAAAUGAACUCUUAAACAUAUUUCGUCACAAUGAAAAACAAGAUCGUAUAACUAUUCCUUUAUUGGAAGUUUUGGAUUUAUUAUUUGAAUCUGGAACUUUACAAAAAAUUGAUUUGGACUUUUUCAG